AUGGCCCUGCCCGACAAAUCCUUUCCCGUUUCCUGGGACCAGUUCCAUCGCGACGCGCGCGCGCUUGCCUGGCGCGUCGCGUCGGUGAGCAAGGAAUGGAAGGCGAUCGUCACCAUCACGCGCGGCGGGCUCGUGCCCGCGGCCAUCGUCAGCCGCGAACUGGAAAUCCGGGUGAUCGAGACGGUCUGUGUCGCCUCCUAUCACGAUUAUGACACGCAGGGUCAGAUCAAUGUGCUCAAGAAAAUCAGCGCGGACCUGCUCACGGACGAAGGCCAAGGCGUGCUGAUCAUCGACGACCUGACCGACACGGGCAAAACCGCCGAACUGGUGCGCUCGAUGAUUCCCAAGGCGCAUUUCGCCACCGUCUAUGCCAAGCCCAAGGGCAUGCCCCAGGUCGAUACAUUCAUCACCGAAGUGAGCCAGGACACCUGGAUAUUCUUCCCCUGGGACAUGGGCUUCACCUAUCAGGAACCGAUCGCCGGCGCAGGCAAGGGCUGA